AUGUCUAACGUGAUUGGUAUUACAUUCGGAAAUACGUCGUCCUCCAUUGCCGUUGCUACUCAAGAUGGUAGAGUAGACGUCAUUGCCAACCCAGAUGGUGAUAGAGCCAUCCCCUCAGUUUUGUCUUAUGUCGGCAUUGACGAAUACCACGGGGCCCAAGCUAGAGCCCAAUUGGUUAGAAACCCAGCCAACACCAUCAUCAAUUUCAGAGACUAUGUGGGCAAGAAGUUUGAUGAGGUUGAUUUUUGGGCCUCUAAAGCCGGUGCCACACCUAUCAAGACUGAAGAUGGUGGUAUCGGUUACAAGAUCACCAGAGAGGAGGGCGAAGAAAUAGUUACCGUUGAAGAGGUUGCUACAAGACAUUUUAAGCAGUUGAGGAGUGCUGCUGAGGAUUAUCUAGGCCAAACUGUGGAGAAGGCCGUUUUGACCGUUCCAACUGAUUUCACUGAGCAUCAAAAAGAAGUACUCAACAAGACGGUAGAGGAUGCUGGUUUGAAGGUAUUGCAACUUAUUAAUGAGCCAUCCGCUGCAUUGCUUUCCCACUUGACUUCUGCUGAUGACUCUGCUCUGCUUGAAGACAAGCUUUAUGUCGUUGCUGAUUUUGGCGGUAUCAGAUCCGAUGCCGCUGUCAUUUCUGUAAGAGGUGGUAUCUUUACCAUCUUGGCCACCGCUCACCAGCAUAGACUUGGUGGUGAUGACUUGGAUGAUGCUCUUUCUGAUCAUUUUGCAAAGGAGUUUGAAAAGAAAUUCAAGGCUAACGCUAAGGCUACUCCAAGAAGCUUGGCCAAGUUGAAGGCAGAAUCCAUCACCACUAAGAAAACCUUAUCGAAUGUUCCAUCAUCUUCCUUUUCUAUCGAGUCUCUCGCUGAUGGUUUUGACUUUUUGUCUAACAUCAACAGAUUGAGAUUCGAGUUAGCAGCAAGAAAACCAUUAAGUGAAAUGACAGCGUUUGUUGAGCAUGCUGUACAAAAAGCUGGUUUAGAUACUUUGGACAUUGAUCAAGUAUUGUUAGCUGGAGGUUCUUCGAAUGUCGUGAAGUUGGCUAGCAACAUUCAGUUUAUCUUCCCUGAGUCUACUACCGUUGUCGCACCUUCUUUAGACUCUAAGAUCGCCAAUCCGGAAGAAUUAUCUACUAGGGGUGCUGCUUUGCAAGCCGCUCUUAUCGAAACUUUUGAUGACGAGGAAAUCCACGAAUCUUUGCAACCAAUUGUUGUGAACACCCAGCAUUUGACGAAGCCAAUUGGUGUCAAGGAUUCAGAGGGAAACUUUAUUCCAAUUUUGGUCGCUGAGACAGCGUACCCUAUCAAGAAGUCUCUUGAAGUUACCAACGGUAACAGUGCUGAUGUGGUUGUGGAAUUGUAUGAGGGUAAGAGAAAUGUGAAAGAAACUGUCAUUGAGCCAGCUCCUAAGAGCGAAGAUGAGUCCGAUGACGAGGAUGAGUCCGAUGACGAGCCAGAAAUCAAGAGAGAGGUAGAAUACCUUACAGGUGACUUACUAGCCAAGUUAUCUCUCACAGACUUGAAACCAAACUCUAAGUUAGAGGUCAUUAUCAAUAUUACCCAAAAUGGUGUAUUGCACUUGUCCGGCAGAGAAUUGAAGCAGGGCUCUGUCGCAGUGAAGGGAGAGCUCCAGGCUGCUGCCUAG